GAGUUUUUCGCACCCGUAGCCAGGUAGACACACGCUGUAGCUGUCUGCCAGGCCGGGGCUCAGCCCCACACCUCGCCCGGCCCCGGGAGGGCGGAGCCCGGCUGCAGGACACACCCGCCCGCCGCGCCAGGGACCCGCCGCCGCCUCCUCUUCCGCGUGCGGCGAGCCCGGGGGCGGGUCCCGCCUUCAGCCGCCGCCUUUGCCCGGGCCCCGGCCGCCGAGCCGAGCCCGCCCGGGGCCAUGGCGCUGGUCUUCCCCGCCAUCCGGGUGCUGCUCGGCCUCUUCUUCCUGCUCACCGGGGCGGUGAAGCUGACGGACCAGAUCUCGGCCGAGCUCUACCGGCAGCUGAAGUCCCAGUUUGUGCAGUUCGCCGACGUCUUCCCCCUGAAGGAGUUUGGCUACAAGCCAGAGCCGGAGCAGUACCUGCAGGUGGUCGGCUGGAUCGAGGUGGUGGCCGGGGCGCUGCUGGCCUUUGGGCCGCAGCUUCUGCAGGAGAUCAGCAACUUUGUCCUCACCAUCGUCAUGAUCGGUGCCAUCUACACCCUGCUGGUGCUGAAGGGGCCCUUCGCCAUGUGCGCUCCGGCUACGAUCUGCCUGGGUCUCCUGCUGCUGCUCAACAUACGAGGAAGGGGGGGCAGGGCCAAGUCCAAGUUUGAGUGACUGGAAUGAAAUGGGGGGGCGGGGGCGCUGGAUUGGCAGAAAAUGAUGUCACCCCCCCAACAAAGUGUUGCAAUGACAUGGCUUCCUGCCAGUGAACUGGCUGUUUAUGUGCAGUACAAACUCUAAAGCUCCUGGGGAGGGACCAGCAGGCUGACUAAUCUGGGGGGGCCCUGGGGUACCUGCUGCAGGUGUGUGCAGAGCGUGGGGAGCAGCUGCCUGGCUGGAAGCUUUGCACAGAGGCUGGGAAGUUUCUCUUUCUGCCCUGGCUUUGAAGGCAGCCAGGUGGGGCAGGGUAAUUGGAGCUGGGUCAUGAUGCGUUGUGCUGGGAACUCCUGGGGGGGGGGGGGGGUUGGAAGCUGUGGAGCGUGCCCCAAAUGGGUAACAGCUGUGAGAGUUCCCACAAUGGGUCACCCUCCAACGUGACCCAGGCGGAGUCCAGGGGGUCAAACUCCCGUGGCCCAACGAGCCCUUCACCUCUCUGCCUAUUUUGCUCUGUCGCUAAGAAUCGUAUCAUGGCGCCAGUGCCCCCAUGGAGCUGUCUGGCCGGACCUCGGGGGAGGAGGUGGUGCUGACUCUGCUCUGUACGGGGCGGGGGCUGCAUAGCGCUGACUUUUAAAUAAAACCUCUAUUUCCAGGCUA